AUGUCUGAUAUGGAAUCUGAGAAUAUCUGGAAUAUCGGGAAUAUCGAGAAUAUCUUUGAAGACCCCAAAGAUAUUGAGAAUACCAAAAAUAUUGAGAAUAUCACAAAAAAAUCAAAAAAUCAAACUACUAAUAAUUUUUCAUCUACAAAAAAAUCAAAAAAGAAAACUAAUGAUAAUUUUUCAUCAAAAAAGAAAACUAACGAUAGUUUUUCAUCUAUCGAUGAUAAUUAUAGUUAUUAUAAUAAUUCAAAUUUAUCUGAAAUUGUUAAACAGUUUAGAGAAGCUGAUAAGAUUGACGAUGAAAAGGUUAAAACUAAAGAAAUUGAACAAGAAAUUGAAAAAAAUAUGAUUCCAGAAAUAUCUGCUCAUCCUGCUGCCAUUUAUACAAGUAGAAUAUUCAAAUUAAGUGAAUUUUCGAAUUCUACUAAUAAUAGUUUUUUUUCGAAGAAAAAUUAUGAAGUCACGUCUCGUGAGAUAAAUUAUGAUGCUUUUAUUCUCCCUUCAGGUAUUUGA